AUGGCCACCUUAGAUGAGUUGAACGCCGGCAUUGGCAUCCACGGUGCCAUAAACGAUACCCAAAAGAAGAUCCUCACGCCCGAAGCCACUGCUUUUCUGGCACUUUUGCACAAGACUUUCAACGAGCGUCGGAAAGAAUUGCUGCAGCGCAGAGUGAUCAGGCAGCAAGAGCUCGAUCGUGGUGUCAUUCCUGAUUUCCUGCCCGAGACUGCACACAUCAGAGAAAACGCGACAUGGCAGGGUGCUCCUCCAGCACCCGGUAUGAUCGACCGCAGGAUCGAGAUCACUGGUCCCACAGACCGCAAGAUGGUCGUUAAUGCGCUCAACAGCAAUGUUUGGACAUACAUGGCUGAUUUCGAAGACUCCUCGGCCCCAACCUGGGACAACAUGAUUAAUGGACAGGUCAAUCUUUACGACGCUAUUCGCAAGCAAGUGGACUUCAAGCAGGGCGAGAAAGAGUACAAACUGCGAACCGACAGAGUGCUUCCAACACUAAUCGCUCGCGCCCGCGGUUGGCAUCUGGAGGAGAAGCACUUCACCGUGGACGGCGAGCCGAUUUCAGGGUCGCUGUUCGAUUUCGGCCUGUACUUCUUCCACAACGCAUUCGAGCUUGUCAAGCGUGGAACUGGUCCAUACUUCUAUCUGCCAAAAAUGGAGUCUCACCUUGAGGCCCGGCUCUGGAACGAUGUGUUCAAGCUUGGGCAGGACUACAUUGGAAUGCCGAGAGGAACAAUCCGCGGCACAGUUCUGAUCGAAACUAUCACUGCGGCCUUCGAGAUGGAUGAAAUCAUCUACGAGCUGCGUGAGCAUUCCUCCGGUCUCAACUGCGGACGAUGGGAUUACAUCUUCAGCGUCAUCAAGAAGUUCCGACAGAAUCCUGCAUUUGUUCUGCCAGACCGCUCUGCAGUAACAAUGACGGUCCCCUUCAUGGAUGCAUAUGUCCGACUAUUGAUCAAGACCUGCCAUCGUCGUGGUGUACACGCUAUGGGUGGCAUGGCUGCCCAGAUCCCCAUUAAAGACGAUCCAGAGGCUAAUGAGAAGGCAAUGGAAAGUGUCCGUGCUGACAAGUUGCGAGAAGUCAAGGCAGGCCACGACGGUACGUGGGUCGCACAUCCAGCUCUGGCUGCUAUUGCAGCAGAGGUCUUCAACAAGCACAUGCCUACGCCAAAUCAGCUGUUCAAGCGACGAGAGGAGGUCAACGUGACGAAGAACGAUCUACUCAACAUGAACGUGCCGGGCGGCAUUACCGAAGAAGGCAUCCGCAAGAACCUCAACAUCGGGUUGGGCUACAUGGAAGGCUGGCUGCGCGGUGUAGGAUGCGUGCCAAUCAACUACCUGAUGGAGGACGCUGCGACUGCUGAAGUGUCACGUUCGCAACUCUGGCAAUGGUGCAAGCACGGCGUCAAGACGUCGGAGGGCAAGACCGUGGACAAAGGAUAUGCUCUGAAGCUGCUGCACGAGCAGGCGGAGGAGCUCUCUGGAAAGGCUGGCAAAGGUAACAAGUACCAGCUUGCUGCAAGGUACUUCGAAGGCCAGGUGACCGGUGAGGACUAUGCCGAUUUCUUGACCAGUUUGCUGUACAACGAGAUCACGUCGGUUGGGCCUGCAGCGAAGUUGUGA